AGGGCGUUGAACUGGACAAUAGAUCUUUAGACUCUGCAUCCUCAACUAUAAAAGAGUUGGGAGUUGGACAUGAGAACAGCAAAAGAAAACUUCAGAUAACUUCUUCAGUGGAAUUGCGAGACAGAAGCCACCGUAGCCAACCCGGUUGAAGGAGUAAUUCGGACUCUGACGUCUUUUUUCUGUUCAACUGCCUCAAAGGCUGUGGAUUUAUAGACAUUUUGAAGACUUUGGACAAGGUUGGACAGCCAAGGGCAGAAGAAAGGGCGCGGUCCCCCCGGCCAGGGUGACACGCUCCUGUCCCACCUCUACAAAAAAGAAGAUUGCCAAAUUCAUCCAAGCUCAACUAUCGCAUCCAGGAGUGACCAACUCAAAGACGGACAGUGAAAGUUUUUCAGUUGGUCAAGAGGUCUGCAGAAAAUGUCGCUGCGCCACAUUUGAGCCUGAAUAUGAGAUAUAAAAGAAAUGUCCAAGAGACCAGCGGAGAGGAAGAGGAGAGUCAGGUGGGGAUCUUAGAGGAGGAAGAGCAUCACGCUGAUCUCGGGCCACAAAGAGCCGGACCACACACUCAAAACAAGCCUGCAGCCAACAACAGAAGGCGUCUCAAAGCUGCUGCAGUGACUCUGGGAGGGUUUUAUCUUCUGAUAUUGGCUGCACUCUUCAUUCGCUUCACUUUGCUGCAGACCAGAUACGACCAACUGAGCAACAACUACACUCAGUUACAGGAUGAAGUAAAUCAGCUGAAGGACAGAACUGAAGUCACUUUGCUGCAGACCAGAUACGACCAACUGAGCAACAACUACACUCAGUUAAAGGAUGAAGAAAAGCAGCUGAAGAACAGAACUGAAGCUAAAGUCUGUCCUGAUGGAUGGACGAGAUAUGGAUGCAGUUGUUACUUUAAAUCUAAAGAGAAGAAGGUUUGGGAGGACAGCAGAGAUGACUGUCAGCAGAGAGGAUCAGAUCUGGUCGUCAUUGACAACGAAGAGGAACAGAAGUUUGUCUCUGAGCUGAGUAACGGAGGAGAGUCCUGGAUUGGUCUACGGUAUGUAUGGGGACCAGGAGGAUGGGAAUGGAGAUGGGUGGACGGAUCACCGCUGACAGAGAAGUUCUGGGGACCAGGACUGCCUCGCUAUGAUGGUUACCGGUACGCUGCAGCAUGCUGCGAUCAACAAGGACAAUGGACACAGGGUAGAGCUUAUUCUGAUACUACGAACUGGAUCUGUGAGAAAUAGAUUAUCUAAACUCUUUGAUGAUGGAUGGGGGGGGUAGUGUUUGGAUCAGCUUUGUUAAAUCAGACCAAUUCUCCAACAUGGGCUCAGCUGUUUAUUCUGUGUUGCUAAGUAACCUGGAUUCCAGAGAUCUUGUUCCUCUCCCUUCAUAGAGCCCAAUCUGGUUAGAAGUCAUGUGUCCUGACUCUGUAGUCCUACAGGAUUAUUACAAUAAAAGAUAAGAACAACAUG